AAACGAUCGACGGACCACAUUCAGCGACCGCGCUACGUCAUUCGACUCCCACCACAGCAACCCAAACGCUCCUUCGAAUCCAAUCCAUCAUGUCCUCCCCCCAAGAUCCGAAGCGGAACAUACCUACCAAAGGUGAAGAGAACGAGAAGGUUGAGAAUGAGACCCGGCAUCCAUCGCCGCCCAAGAUAGUAGAAGCACCCCCGGAUAAUGCACCAGCGGUGAGCGACGCGAAGAACAACGCCACCGCGACUACUGCACCCACAACUACCGCACCGCUCGCGCCCCCUCCUCGACCCACCCAAAAUAACACAUCUGAUACUCCCGACUACUUUAGUGGUGCGCACGGCAGUAACCACUUCAACCUGGAGCCGAACCCCUUCGAACAAUCGUUCGGAAACUCGUCGGUGGAGACUCCAGGAAAGAGCCUACUCCCUCCCGUUGCAAGCCUAACAUCGCCCUCUUCAUUACUGCCUGCCGGCACUCCCGGUUGGAGUCAAUCGUUACGGUCGGGACCUCUGAGUCCUGCUAUGCUUACUGGCCCCGCUGGGGGUAGUGACUACUUUGGCGAGCCCUGGAAAGGCGGUUUCCCGACGCCGAACGAGUCAUCGCUCCGUACUGGCCUUACUCCUGGUGGAGGCGGUUCAAUGUUCCCUGCCCCUAGCCCUAACUCACAGGCUUUGUUCAGUCAAUUGCAGAGCGGAGGUGCCACUCCAAGCACAAGUGAAUUCUACCGUGCUGCGUUCAAGAUGAACAACUUCGGUCAGAACGUCAACGGACCUACAUCUCAGCCGCCUGAGCCAAGCACUCAAGCCGGCGACAACAAGUCUUUCCCUGCUCCUCAACAACCGCAACCAGCUACACAGGGCCCACAGCAAGAUCCGUUUGGUCAGCACGAUGCCAAUGUAGUGACGUCAUUGCUUGGCUUGUCCCGUGCGGAUGCAGCCCAGAACAGCAACAACCAGUUUGCGAUACCUGGCCAGCCGCCACAUGGCAUCAACACGAACCUUGCUCAUGUCCAAGCCCAUAUGGGUGGACGUUCUCAAGAUACCUCACCUACUUCUCUAAAGCGUGCCGGCAAAAACUCCAUCGCCAGCAUGUCCGGCUCCGCUGACGGCGGAGAAUUCUCCGAGGACGCGCACAGCGAGGAUGCCAAACCAUCCAGAUCAAGGAACAAGAAAGCUGCUAAUGGAAAAGGAACUUCCAUCAAUGGAAGACGGAAAGCCGAUGAUGGCGCCGUCAAGGGUCCGUCUAACAAGAAGGCCAAGGGCAACAAUGGCAAUGCCAUGAUGGACGAUGACGAUGACUCCGAUGACGAGCACAAGGACCACUCUGUCAAGCAGGAAGGCAGUGACGGCAAGAAGAUGACCGAUGAAGAGAAAAGGAAGAACUUCUUGGAGCGCAACAGAGUCGCCGCCCUCAAGUGUCGCCAGAGGAAGAAGCAGUGGCUGGCAAACCUUCAGGCCAAGGUCGAGCUCUUCAGCACUGAGAACGAUGCCCUCUCAGCGCAAAUUACUCAGCUUCGCGAAGAGAUUGUUAAUCUCAAGACGAUGUUGUUGGCACACAAGGACUGCCCUGUCUCUCAAGCACAGGGCAUCAGUGGCAUGGCUAUGACCAACUUUAUUGGUGACAUAAACCAUCAUGCUCAUCCAUAUGGCAUGGGCAUGCCGCCGAAUGGCGUGCCGCCAAUGGGUAUGGGCAUGCCUCAACCGCCUCAACAAUCGAUGCAAAGGAGGUGAGAAAAUGCCAGCGCGAGAUCCUUUGCAUGAGCGUAGAAGAAACUCACAAGCCAAGUCGACGUUCCAUCUAUGCCUCAUGCGGGUCUUGCUGAAGGCAACAUGCCGUCGCCAAAGGGAGACACGCCACAUC